AAUUUUGUUCAUUUCUUUCUUCGCCCUUGCACACUUCUCCCUCCUCGACUCUACUAGAGCUCGCAUGUAAACCACGGCCCCUCAAAAAAAAGAAAAACCGAAUCACCAAACAAACUCGAAAAAUUUCUCUUCCACAAAUCCCCGCCCCCCAGCCAACCACCGUGGAAAAACGCUGGAUAUCAAUCUGGUGGGGAGGAGAGGUUCAUGGAUUACCCCCUCCAUGGCUCUCGCCGCAUUCCUCUACCCCCACCGCAUCGCCCCCCUCCUUCCUCCCUUCCCCUAUCCCCGGCGUCGCCGCCGGGUUCUCUUCCCGCUGGCCGUGGUGAGGGCGACGGCGGAGGUGAGGCAGCGCGAGGCAGUGAGGGAGGCUCGCAAUGGGGCCGCGGUGGUGUGGUUCAAGCGUGAUCUCCGCACUGACGACCACCCGGGCCUCGUUGCUGCCGUGUCCCAGCACCAGACUGUUGUGCCGCUUUACGUGUUCGAUCGCCGGAUUUUAUCCAAUUUUUCAGAUGAGAUGCUAAAGCUGCUUCUCCUUGCUCUGGAAGAUCUUAAACAAUUACUGAAGGAUCAAGGAUCUGAUCUGCUUGUUGCUUUUGGAAGUGCAGAAGAUGUCAUACGGAAACUUGUGAAUGAGGUCAAAGCUAGCUACAUAUUUGCAGAAGAGGAGGUAGAAUAUAAUUCUCGUAGUGUGAUGUCUCUUGUUAAAUCAUCUGUGUCUUCUGUAUCAUUUGCAUGGGGAAGCCCUGAGUUUGUGUUUUGGAGAACUCCAUUUUAUAAUGUUGAGAAUCUGGAGGAACUACCUGCAUCAUAUCGUGACUUUCUCCAGCUGCAGUUAUCUCAAACCAUUCCAGUUGCAGCCCCAACCUUACCUGUAUUGGAAAUGGAAGUGGACAGAGGUGCACUACCCACGUUUGACGACAUAAAAAUGUACCUGCUGGGGGAACCUUGCCAAUCAGAUAAUUGCUGGACUUCUCUUAAGAAAGUAUCAGCUGAAACCAUUUUAAGAAAGGAGGGCAUCAGUCAAGCUGUGAUGAAAUCUGAUCCUAGCGAAAGCCUUAAAAGUAAUGAAGGGAAGAAUAUAAUCUCAUCAACAUUAAACAAUGUCAAAAGCACAAAGAUUGCAAAAUCUGUGUUUGCAUCAGGAGAAGGAACUCAAGUGGGAGGUGGAACAAACAAUGCAUUGAAUGCUUUAGCUGCUUAUUUGAGAUAUCUGGAGGGCACUGCACGGGAUGAUUGGCAAGAGUUACAUGAGAAGUUACGAAAGGCUGAAUGCAGAAAAGGAGCUUCAUUUGGUGCUCUGUUCGGUUCUGCUCUUUACCUUGGAACCAUAUCCAGGAGGAGAGUUUACUAUGAAGCUAUAAAAUAUGAGAGAGAACGCAAUGCAGGCUAUGUAUCGCCAUUUGGAUACUCAACACCUACUGUUGCAGCUGCAGUUGAUGCUGUUCAUUCAAUGGAGUGGUAUUGGCUCUUGGCUUUGAAAUGCCAAAAAUGCAAUGAAGGAAUAUAUCCCAUACGCAUUUGGAGUUGGAAUGGCUAUUUAAUUCAGUAUACAGCUGUUGGGCAUGAAGGUCCUGCAGUUCUUUUUGUUCAUGGUUUUGGAGCUUUUCUGGAGCAUUUCCGUGACAAUAUAUCUAGCAUUGCUGAUGGUGGACGUCGGGUUUGGGCAAUCACACUUCUAGGUUUUGGCAAGUCAGAAAAACCAAAUAUCUUAUACACCAAACUUAUGUGGGCAGAAUUAUUGAGAGAUUUUAUCAUUGAUGUUGUGGGUGAACCAGUGCAUCUUGUUGGCAACUCGAUUGGUGGCUAUUUUGUAUCUAUUGUGGCUGGUUUAUGGCCUGCCCUUGCAAGGUCUUUGGUUCUUCUGAACACUGCUGGUUCAAUUGUUCCAAGCUAUUCCUCCAUUCCAUUAGUUGAAGAAGGACAAACAUCAGGGCUUGCAUGGUUGCAGGCACGCCUCCUGUUGCUGUACCUUAGGUUAAGAGCUGGAAGCAUUCUCAAGAAGUGUUAUCCAACUAAUGCAGAGAGGGCUGAUGAUGGGCUCAUUGGUGAUAUACUUAGAGCUUCAUACGAUCCUGGUGUACCUAUAAUUCUGGAGAGUAUAUUAAAUUUUGAUCUGUCAAUUCCCCUAAAUUAUUUAUUUGACUCCUUUGGUGGAAAAAUCUUAGUCGUACAAGGUAUGAAAGAUCCACUCUCCAAAUCCAAGUUAUUCUUGUCCAUGCUCAGGGAGCAUUGCAUCAGGGUCACAGUCAGUGAACUGGAUGCAGGUCAUUGCCCACAUGAUGAGCUGCCAGUGGAAGUGAAUUCAAUCCUGAGUGAAUGGACAAGUACAGCUGAAAGUUGCACAAAUGCAAUUAAAGGAGCUAAAUCAUUUUAAUGGAGUUUGAGCUUUUAUAGGCCUCGCCUUACAUCUCUUUUCCUGCAAAGUUGAUGGGCUACUGAUAGGAAUGUUCACUACAUGACACAACUUUAAUAAUUAAUGAAAAAGAAAUCAGUUGCAGAAAAUUUUGUGCUGCGACUGCUUCCAUGGUAUGCUGCGCCUCCUUUUUCACUGCUUGGACAAUAAAUUCUCAGCUGUAGCAACUAUCAGGAAAUUUAAUCUUAAUUUAUAUUCCAAUAUUUUAUUUGGUUAAUGAUAUUUUUUUCUUGUAGUUGUUACUUCUUUGUUUGUUUUGUAUCGAGAUUAUUUACAGCUCCAUCUUGAGGUUGGAGGUUAUGUAUCUUCAUAAAUGAUGGAUAUAGACUGUAAUGCAAGAUGCUUUUUUUUU